AUGAUAAUUUUACUAGUACCACACACAUCUCAUUUACUCCAACCACUUGACGUUGGAAUAUUUUGUUAUUGCAAAAACGAGAUGAGAAGAAGUUUUGAAUUCAUAACCAGUGAACUGAGACGAGAAGAAAUUGAAAAAGAUAUCAUGGUUGAUGCCAAUCAUAUUGGUGCAAUUGAAAGUGAAUUUAGUAUAUUAACAAACAACGACACCGAAAUUGAACAUUUUGUAAUACCCCAAUCAAAUGAACAAACACAAACACAACAACUAAUCGAAGAAAUAGAUGGUCAAAACAAUGAGUUAGAAGAAGAAAUUGUAGAAGCAACACCACAACAGAGAGGUGAAAGACUUGUUACUUGUAUUUGUGAUGUUUUAAAAGCUUACCAUUCAGCCACAUCAAGACCCACAGUUGUUAGUGCAUUUCGCCAAUGUGGUCUCGAGUUUAAGGUCAGUUCUCACAACAUCAACAAAAAGGAAGUUUUGGUGAAUCCAAAAGGACUAAGAGUUGUAAAUAAGUAUUUCCCAACAAUAUUUGCUUCUUCCAACACGGGCUUAACACAACCACCACCACCACCAAGACAAAAUCAGACAGUCAGAAUUGAUUCAAUUUCUUCAAUGAGGGCUUCAAUGGUACCUCCAACGAGAAGAAUACGAACAACAACAAUGGAAGAUACAUCAAGUUCAAAAUGA